AUGGAGACGGAGAGCUACACGCAACGCCUGGAAACCAGUGAUGGAGCUGGGACGAUUGCCGGCGUUGCAGGGGUGGGACUGGACGGGCUGGUUGGGCCCAGUCACCCCACUACCUGGUACAUGCCUUACCCAAUCAGCUUUCAGGUUUCUCUGACCAGCUUCCUCAUGUUGGAGUUGGUACUGGGCUUCAGCAGUAAUCUGACUGUGCUGGUCCUCUAUUGCUCCCAGUCUAACCUGGUCGACUCGGUCAGCAACAUGGUCACGGUCAACUUGCACAUCUUGGACAUUGCCGUGUGCGUGCUGUGCUUGCCGCUAACCGUCGUGGUCGUGCUCUUGCCGUCUGGCCGCGACCUGGCGCUCAUCUGCUGCUUCCACGAAGCCUGCGUGACCUUCGCCAGCAUCGCCACGGCGAUCAACGUGCUCGUCAUCAGCCUGGACCGUUAUGAUAUCUCAGUGCGGCCCGCUAACCGGUUCCUGACGCCGCGCUGGGCUGCGCUACUGCUGGCAGCGGUUUGGGCCAUGUCCCUGGCUGUCUUCUUCAUUCCUUUCAUAGAGGUGGAUUUCUUUUCUUCCCCUGAGGAGAGCGGCGCGCCCGACGCUGGACUGGCACCCGCUUGGCGUAACCGGACACUAUUGUGCGUUGGCGGGCAAGGCUACUACACAGGGUUGGGCAUGUACUACCACCUCCUCCUGCAAGUGCCCAUUUUUUUCGCCACCGUGGUUGUCAUGCUGUUCACGUAUUCCAGAAUCCUCCGCGCCCUGAACAUUCGCAUCGGCUCCCACAUGCGUCGGAGCCAGCGUCGGAGCGGCACGUCCUGUAGGGGGCGGCGGAGACGGCGAAAGAAGAAAGGUGGAACAGGACAUAUCGAAGGAGGAGGAGGAGGAGGAGGAGGAGGACAUGGAGGAGGAGAACAAACGACAAAUCAGUCCAAGCGCCUCUCCCACCCUCCCCUCAUAUCUUCCCCGACCCCAACUGCCACCUCGCCCCCUCCGCUCUCCACAGCGCCUCUGGUGGGCGCCGAAAGCGGGCCCACCUCCCCUUCCCCAGCUCCCGCUCCUGCACCGUCUUCCGUGGGAGUCCAAGCCUCCGUGUCGGCCAUCAUCGCCCUGCGGAGAGCUGUCCGACGUCACCGGGACCGCCGGGAACGCCAGCGCCGGGUCUUCAGGAUGUCCCUGAUCAUCAUCACCACGUUCCUGGGCUGCUGGGCGCCCAUCUCAGUGGCCAACAUGCUCAUUCUGGCUCUGGGACCCAGCGACGGCCUGGUGAAACUGAGGCUCUGUUUCUUGGCCCUGGCUUAUGGCACAACCAUCUCCCACCCACUGCUGUAUGCCUUCACCCGCCAGAAGCUCCGUCGGGUGCUGCGGGCCAAGGUGAAGAAACGGGUGGUGUCCCUGCUGCAGGUGGAUCCGUCUCCCGGAGGCACCGUCAUCCACAAUUCCUGGGUGGAGCCCCGUCAGGGACGCAAGGUGCGCCUGGAUGGUAGCGAUGCUACGGAUCGCUGUCUCACGGAACCCCUGUGA